AUGUUCUCCUGCAAAUCCACCACCACCGUAACAUCCUCGCUCCUCCGCCCUCGCGUCUCGACCUCAACAUGGCGGCCACGGAGACAAUGGCGAUACGGCAGGUCCUUCGCCACGUCCUCGCCACGGCUCAUUGCUGUGACGGAGAUGACUGAGCGCGACUUCGCGGCGCUGAGGAUUAAUGAGAAGAGGUUGAUGAGCGACCUUCAUGCGACCUGUGAGUGGGGCAAGGGGGAGAGAUGGGGCGACGGCGAAACCGACAUUGGCAUGUCGCGCCUUUCUCUUUCGGAUGCGGAUAAGCAGGCGAGGGACUGGUUUGCUGAGACGACGCAGUCGCUGGGGUGUAAGGUCACUGUCGAUGCUAUGGGGAAUCAGUUCGCUGUACGGCCUGGGACGAGUGACGGGGUGCCUGUUUAUGCUGGGUCGCAUUUAGAUACACAGCCUACAGGGGGUCGGUAUGAUGGUAUUCUUGGAGUCUGCGCUGGUGUUGAAAUGCUCAAAACACUUAACGACAACUGGGUUGAGACCUCAUAUCCCGUUGGUGUUGUGAACUGGACGAACGAGGAAGGUGCUCGCUUCCCUAAGUCAAUGGUGUCAUCUGGUGUCUGGGCAGAGUCAAUACCACUAGAAGACGCACAUAACCUCAAGUCUGUGAUCCCAGCCAACGACACGGCGACGAUGAAAUCAGAGCUCGAACGUAUUGGCUACCUUGGCUCUACUCCAGCUAGCUACAAGAGCACACCCAUGGCCGCACAUUUCGAGCUACACAUCGAGCAAGGCCCCAUACUCGAAGCCGGGGACCGCCGCAUAGGUGUGGUGCGAGGAGUGCAGGCCUACAAAUGGUUCACCGUCACUGUCCGCGGUAGAGACAGCCAUACUGGUGCAACCCAGUUCCGACACCGCGCGGACGCCCUUCUGACGGCCUCGAAAAUGAUCAUUGCCAGCCACAAAAUUGCACAUAAGCAUUCCGCGCUUGCGAGUACAGGUAUCUUGACCCUCAAGCCUGGAUCGACGAAUACUGUGCCUGGUUUCGUACAGUUCAGUCUUGACAUACGCUCUCCUCGAAACGAGACGGUAGACGAGGUCGAAGCCGAAUGCAAAAAAGCCUUUGAAGAAAUCGCAGCUGGGGAAGAUAUCGACACUGGCUCCGCUCCCAGCGAACGACACUGCAGCGUUGAAUGGAAGACGGACUUCGUCUCGCCGGCCACCUUCUUCCAUGACGAUUGCAUCAAAUGUGUCCAGGAAGCCGGUAACGACCUCUGCGGGCAGGGUGAGGUAAAGGAUCUCGACAUCGGAGCUUGGGGCAAAUUCAUGACCAGCGGCGCCGGACACGAUUCUGUUUACACAAACAAACGUUUCCCUACGAGCAUGAUCUUCGUGCCGUGUAGGGAUGGCGUGAGCCAUAAUCCUGCCGAGUACUCGAGUCCUGAGGCGUGUGCUGAUGGUGCGAAUGUGCUCAUGGGUGCGGUCCUGAGGUAUGACAAGCUUCGCGCUGGGAGAGGCCAUUGA